UUCAAACUUUGAUGUGUUGGAACUUCAAUUGCAAAGUCAAAAUUGAAAACCCUAAAAACCAAAUUUCCCCAAAUCGGAAUGGAAUUCAGUGCCCUAACCUACAUCUAACUUUUCAGACUAUCCACUCCACUCACGACGGUUCCUCCGUCCAUCGUCCUCAUUCGCCGGCGGCCAAGCCACCGUGUCCUUUCACCUUCGACAGGGAGAAAAAACGAGAGAGAAAAACUGGGGAAGCGAAAGAAAGCGAGAGGGAGAGUGGGAGGAGGAGGGAUGGAGAGUCCCGGGUCAGCUGCGGUGGACUGCGUCGUCGGAUCCAUUGUGUGGGUCCGACGACGGAACGGGUCGUGGUGGCCGGGGCAAAUACUUGACUCCGAUGACCAUUCUACUUCUCAUCUCACCUCACCUCGAUCAGGAACUCCCGUUAAGCUUCUCGGCAGGGAAGAUGCAAGCGUAGAUUGGUACAAUUUGGAGAAAUCCAAGCGUGUGAAGCCAUUCCGAUGUGGUGAAUUUGAUGCAUGUAUUGAAAGGGCGGAGUCAGCACAUGGUAUGCCAUUAAAAAAGAGAGAGAAAUAUGCACGUAGAGAAGAUGCUAUCCUCCAUGCUCUUGAACUUGAGAAGCAAAUGUUGAAGAAGCAAGAAAAAUCAGGAGUGGUGCAAAUGGGUCCAGUGUUCCGAGCAAAGAGGAGCAGAUGCAUGUAUUUGCCAGCUGAGUCUAGUGAUUCUCUUGAUUACAAGGAGACUCUAACCAAUUUUCCAGGAUCAUCUUCCCAACCUGCAGGAGAGAAUCCUUAUUCCAGUUCUUUGGCUGAAGAGAGUGAAUCUGCUUUUAUGGAUGAUGUUGAAUCUGAUUCUUCGGAAACUGAGUCUACAAAUUUGGAUUCGGAUUCUUCUGAGACAGAGCUGGACAGGGAUGAAGAAACGAUUAUACUUUCAGAAACUGUUGGCGAUCCUGAAGAACAAGAAAGUACUAGCAGUGAGGAGCCUGAUGAGUUGGCAAUUUCUGGUGACAUGCCUCACCUCUAUCGUCGUGAACCUAUAACAUGCAAUGAAGCUGUAUCCAAAUGGCAAUUAAAAGGAAAAAGGAACAAUCGCAAUCUUGUAAAAAGAUCUGGUGUUGUUUCUAAUAGGAAAGAUGGUGUUUUACAUGGAGCAGAUGUAGAAGGGCAAAGAAACCAUUUAAACAUGAGAUCAGGGUCUAGUUUGCAUUACUACAGAAAUGAUUACAGUGAUGUCCUUGAUGAACAUGAUCAGAUGUUCGGAUUGGAAGAUGAAUACUCUCCGACUCCUAGAGCAGUAGCGAAAAAAACUCAUCAUGAUGUUGAUUGGGAUGAAUGUGCUUGGGAGGAUGAGCCUGCUUCGAGAGGAUAUUGGGAUAUUAAAGGGUUUGCUCCAUUAUAUAGUGAUAGUUAUAAUUCUCAUGGGCGGAAUGGGCCAAUGCUCGUAGAUGUAGAUUUGAAGGUUCAAGCAAAUGCAAGUUACCGAAAAAAUUCUGUCUCCUUUAUUUCUAUCACUAGUGAAUUGGAUGGGAAGUCAAUAAUAGGGCACCCAAUCCAAAUUGAAACCCUCAAGGAUGGUUCAUCUGAUAACCUGUUUUCUGCUAUUGAUGACUACAGUAAUGAUGGAUUUGGCUUUGAGGGAAGUGCGGUGCUUCCACCAGCUUGGAGGACUGCGAGGAGAACAGCAAAUGUUCGCGUUCCUCGUCCGCAUAUACUUGGUGCUGAAACUGUGGCAGAUUUCUCCUUAGAUCAAGAAAGAAAUACUGAAUACAAGAAAUUGAAUGGUGGAAGUUUCAGUCAUAAUAAGGCAAGCCUUCCGAGGAAAAGUGGCCAUAACAGUGUUGGACCUUCAAUCAACAACAAGUCCUUCAAAAAGACGCCGAAGAAAGUGAGCUUGUCAUCUAGUCAGAAAACUAGAACUCUCUCCUCAUUAUCUGCUGAACAUCAUAGUAAAAAGCCAUCACUUGGUAGAAGUUUUCAUCAAACAGAAAGGUUGACUAAACCAGAGGUCUCUGGGCUCACCACUGUAGCUUGCAUACCAGUUAAAUUAGUAUUUAGUAGAUUACUUGAGAAGAUUAAUAGGCCACCUCUAAGAGCAGCUAAUAACGCAGCUUUGUUGAAUACUGCUAUGGAGAGAAACUCAUAGGUUACCUGUACAUUGUUAAAUGAGAACAAUAAUCUUACAGUGGCACAACAAUUUUUUGGAUAUUUAUUGUUUCCAAAGAAAGAGAAGUCUUAAUUCUUUGUUUGUAUUCUAAGGAUGAAUGUCAAAUAUUAACCCAAAUUCAUUGUGUAACUAGAUAAAUGGAUGGUACAUGAAGCCAUUUUGCC